GUUCGGCGUGUUAUCCACGUGUUGUUGCCCUAGUGUUGUUUAUUUGAAUUUAUUUAACUAUUUAUUGAUUUAUAAAUAUUUAUAAUAUUUUAAAAAAUUAGCGGAAGUGUUUAAAUGACCGGUGGAAAUAUGAGUAUUGUGUUAAAUGUUUCUGGCUUGUCAGAAAAGUCCCAAGUAUCGAAGGUAACGAAAAAUAAAAAUUUAAAUAAAGAUUCAGUUAAAACUGACAAGAAAUUAAAAAAUUCAAAUGAAGAUUCGAGUAAUAAAAGUAAUAAAAGAGUAAAACAAAAAUCAUUGGCGGCAAUUGUUGCUCAGAAUAAAAACCGGGCUAAACUUGCAGCCACCAAUGUGGAGUCUAGUAAAAAAUUAAGUGGGAUUUUAAAAAAUAGUAAAGACAAAGAUAAAGAGAGUAAGGAUAGUGAGCUCGUAUCUUUUGUUAAACCAUCGACAACGGGUUUGAAAACAAUUUUAGCUAAACCGAAAGUUGACAAUAAAUCUGGGAAAUCUUUGGUUGAUAUUUAUAAUAAAAAAUAUGAUGAUAAAUCUAAUUUUAAUUUGUUAAUAAAUUCAACUGUUACUGAUAAGUCGCAAGAAGAAAAAAACAAGAGUUUUGAAGUGAAAAGUUUUGAUAAAAACUCGGAUAAAAAUAAUUAUGGCGAUAGAAAAAAUUUAAAUGAUAAAUCAAAGUUUAAAAAUAAUAGUGGGCAUGAAAAAAAACCUGAUAGAGAACGAGUUUAUAAUAAUAAACCGUCUGGAAAAAUAUCAUCGCUGUUUGGAAAUAAUCCAGAGAUUCCGAAAAUUGGACAGAGACUUGUUAAGCCGGUUAAUGAACCAGUUUUUAGUAAAGUCACAUUUACUGAACUUGGUCUUCAUCCAUAUGCAGUGUCAAAUUUAGAACAAAAUAUGAAAAUAGUUCACGCGACAACAGUCCAGCAAAAAGCGAUUCCUAAAAUUUUUACCGGAAAUGAUAUCUUAAUUAGAUCACAAACGGGUUCUGGUAAAACUCUGACCUACGCGCUGCCAAUUGUUGAGUCGUUGCAUAAAAUAAGACCAAAAUUAUCAAGGAAUGACGGAUUGAAAGCUUUGGUUGUUGUACCGACUCGUGAAUUAGCUCUGCAGACUUACGAGUGCUUUUUGAAACUCAUUAAGCCUUACACGUGGAUUGUCCCGGGAUAUUUAGUCGGUGGAGAAAAGCGGAAAGCUGAGAAAGCUAGAUUGAGACGUGGAUGUACUAUUUUAGUAGCGACACCAGGUAGAUUAUUGGAUCAUAUAAAGCACACCGAAGCCUUGAAAAUGAAUGAUGUCAAGUGUUUGGUGUUGGAUGAAGCUGAUCGCAUGCUCGACAUGGGUUACGAAAAAGAUAUAUCAGAAAUUGUAUCUGCAUUAAAUGUAUCGCAGCCAGACGAUAAUACUGGAUAUGAUCCGAUGAAAAUGUUGCGUCAGAACACCAUUAAAAAGUUUGAUGAUGGAAUUGAGCAAGACAAUGAACCCGCGGUAGAAGAAAAAAAUCAAGAAGAAGAAGAAAAAGAAGAAGAAGAAGAUAGUCAAGAGUAUCAUUCAGCAACAGACAGUGAUAAUGAUUCUGAAGAAUCUCCAAUUAAACAGAAAAAAGUUAAAAAAAUAAGUGACAAAAAUAAAUCAGAGAAAAGUGAUAGUGAAGAAAAUAAAAGUCCAAGUGUUAAAAAUGGCAGACAGACAAUUUUAUUGUCAGCAACUUUGACAAGUGCCGUUGAAAAACUCGCUGGUCUUACGAUGACGAACCCGAUGUUUAUCGAUGCCGCUGAAGACAAUUUAAAAAAUUCAUCUGGAAAUAUGUCUGAUAUCAAUGAAGAUUUGAUUGUACCCCAAAGUGUCACUCAGAGUUACGUUGUUAUCCCGCCAAAAUUAAAAAUGGUUACGCUGAGUGCUGCCAUUGUCGGUCUUUGUAAGCGCGCAGGUCAACACAAAAUUUUAGUCUUCAUGGCUACGCAAGACAUGGUCGAUUAUUACACAAAUAUUUUGUCUUCAGUACUCACUAAACUGGACGAUGAAGACGACGAAGACUCAGAUCCUCUCGUAGAUGUUGAAUUUUAUAAAUUACACGGUAACAUGACGCAAAAAGAAAGAACGGAAGUCUUUAAGACUUUUAGACAGUCUCGUACCGGAGUUCUUCUCAGCACGGAUGUGGCAGCUCGUGGCUUAGAUUUGCCGAAAGUAGACAGUGUAAUUCAGUACACUGGACCUCUAUCAGCGCGCGAUUAUGUCCAUCGGAUCGGACGUACGGCUCGCGCAGGUACCGCAGGGACGGCAAUUAUUUUUCUGACGCCGCCGGAAAUAGAAUUUGUCCGCAUGCUAGAGUCACGUAAGAUACGUAUCAAACAAGAGGACAUGGAUGACAUAUUGCUAAGGCUGAUGGGGCCCCUGUCCCGACAAAACACCGUCCAAGAAGCCGCCACAAAUCUACAGAAUAAAUUUGAGAAUUUCGUGUUGAAUGACAGUAAGCUACACGCCGCGGCUUGCAAGGCUUAUGCGUCUUGGAUGCGUUUCUACACGAGCUAUCCCCGGGAUAUGCGGGAUAUCUUCGACCGUAAAACCCUUCACUUGGGUCACUAUGCCAAGAGUUUCGCUCUGAGAGAUCCGCCUCAGCGAAUAGGUUCCGUCAACAAACAGUUUCGGGAAAAAAAUCCAGAGAAGCCGGUUCACAACAACAGAUUGUCUAAUGAGAGAACUGAGAGAAUAAAGCAGCAAAAACAAUCCAAGGAACAUGGACUCGGUGCCAGCGCAUUGAAACGCUCGCGGAUGCUAAAUAUUUCCGAGUACGGAGAUGGAUUAGCGCCGCUGAAAAAGUCUAAAAAAUGACAACUGGAGAUUAGAUAAAAAAAAAAAAAAUAAUAAAAAUUCAUCGUAAUAAAAUAUUUUUAAUAAUUACGUAAAUUAUCGGUGACUCUUAGCGAUGAUCGAUGAUGGUCGUGGCAACUUAUAUAGAUAUAUAUACACAUUAAUAUACACUUGAACGAAAGUUAUUAUCAAGUCUCAUUGACUGAGGUCGGAGACGCGAAGACGGUAGAGAGUGAGCUUGAAGAGGGUUGUUGAACGUUAAAGGAGAGACGAUGAUUGUGAUGGAGAUAUGAUUAAUACUAAUGCAUUAUUUUCAAAUUUUUUUCGGUAUCGCGAGUGAAAAUUACUUGCAAAUAAAGCCCGUGUCGUUUAAGUCCCAACUACACUUGCUUGCUCAUCCAUCUCUAUAUACAUUCAUACAUAUAUAUGUACGUACACAUAAUUCCAUUUUACAAAAGGAUUUUAAUUCAAUUUAAUUAUUAAUUUUUCCUCAUUCUCUCCUUUAGGAGAUAAAUUGCCUAAGGGUUGAACGCGCGUGAAUGCCCGUAUCUCGAUCCUGUAAAUUCUUCUGAUGCUGAUAAAAAUAAGCGACGUGACAAUAACGUAUUAUCCAAAGUAAAAGAUUUAAUUCCACGGUACAACAAUAAUAUAAACAUAUCAUUAUUGUUUCAUUUUAUUAUUUGUUUAUUGUUUAUUACUUUUUAUUCAGCUCUCGAGUGAUCAUCGUAUCGACACAGGAAAUAUUUACGUGAACCCAGAGAUCAUGAAAUCCGUUUGAAAACGAACUAACAUCCUGCUAAAAAAAAGGUAAAUUAGCAUUUUAUAGUCGCGCUGUUCACCGUGGAAACGGUUUAUUGGCCUGUCGUGCAAAGAAGCCAUAGACUUACUGCCGGUUCUAAUAUACAUAUACAUUUAUCCAUAAUAUAAACACAGUAUAUUAUUACUCAUAUAUAUAAAUAUAUAUGUAUAUGUAUACGUGUGUAUAAUUCUCACAAACAUUUAACUCUCUAGCAACUUAAACUAAAUUGACUCUCAUUGGUUACUUAACAUUUCGGCUUAACGCCUGAGACGUGUUAAUCCCGACUCGCGAUUAUCACUAUCGAUCUCAACUUGUUCCUAUGAAUUCUUUAUUGUUUCAAUUCACGCUUCUCUAGCCUUCAUAUUUAUUUUAAUCGCCGUCAUCGUCAUGUCACCUUAUACAUUUAAUAUAAUUGACUUACAUAUAUGUAUAUAGAGAUAGAUCUUCCUGCUAUUUGUGGAUUAAUUAUUAUUGUAUUUAUAUGCUCUUAUAUCAUUAUAUAUUAUUUUUCACAUAUACAUUGUCACGAAGGCUUCGUGAUUUUUCUUGUACCGGAAUACACGUUAAUAGCUCGCAAUAUCGCCAUUACUUAACUUGCAUUAUAAUUAACACGCUCAGUGCGUAAACUUUCCCAGGAGGAAAGUGAGAGCGACGUAUGUUUGUAAUCACGGUUGUAUAUACGUUUAUAAUCCUGCUAUACCAUUUCCUCAAAGAUAUAAUAAUAAUACAAUAGCUCUA